AUGCAUUGCCGCGCGGGUAGCGGUCAACCUGCUUCCCGGCGGAGUGUGCGCGAAGAGGUGUCGCAGGAGAAGCGUCGAGCAGGUGUUGACUACGACGACGAAUUCAAUAAGGGUGUGCAGCGCUUGAACGAAGCACGGGCAGCUGAAGCGGCCAAGCCAGCGGCAGCUCAUACACGAGCUCGUGUGAUUCAGCAGAAGGCCCUCUCCCAGCUUCGUGAGCCAGAUCAGCGACAGAGGUCACCGUUGGUGGGCCUCCGGUGGAAGGUGAUCAAGUAUCAGGAAUCGCGAGAUGCAGAGCGCAAAAAGUUGCAGGCGAUUCUGGAAAGCCAAGCGGAGUCCAGGAUGGUAUCCUUUGAAGAUCCCACGAGGACCAGGCUGGUGCCUGGAUGGCCGGUUGAGGGCGCUGAUGGCCAACAGCAUCAGUGGUACAGGUCCCUUCUUGAACAGAUCCGGAGACAGCUGGAGACGGGAGAUGCUUCCAAGGCCAUGUACGUCUUGCUAGACUCUGUGAAGUCGGUGUUGGACGAGGGAGCUGAGUUUGAAGCCGACGACUUCUGGCAGUGUGUCUCUGAUUUGCAAGCUGACGAUGUGACUGUUGCCAUGGCAUCCCUGCUUGGAUCAGUGAUUCGCGGCGUUCGCGGCCUGAAUGGUCCGUUGGUGGUGCGAGCCCUGCAGCAACAGUGCGGCGACUUGAACCCGGAGGUGGCCGAGGUGUUGAACGCGCAGUAG